ACAAAAAUUCAACACUUAAAAAGGAGCAACAUGGGGGAAAUUCCUAAACCCUAAAAACCCUACGAUACUUUCAACGAAGAAGAAGAAGAAGAAGCAAAAUCAACAUGGGAAAAAUUCCUCCUUCAUUUCGUUCCGCACUCUCAAAUCCAAACUUGAUUAAUUCAUCUUCAUCGCUCCCCUCUUCUUCCAAACCCCGUUACUUUCCCAAGAAAAUCCCAUCCAAUUUUCCCGGAAAAUCCCGAAAACUCCAGCAGGAAUCUCAGCCUCCGAAACCCGUCUCUCUAUUCAAAUCUCCGUGCCUCCAAGAGGCUAAAAGUAUCUUCAACUCCAUAGUUAAAAGCUCAAAUGUCCCCAAUGAUUUCCGCUUCCAUAACUCCCUCCUUCAAUCCUACGCUUCAGUUUCCACCAUUAACGAUUCCAUUGCUUUUCUUCGUCACAUGACAAAGACUCAUCCUUCCUUCACCCCAGACAAAUCGACCUACCACAUCUUGCUCACCCAAUCAUGCAAAUCCACCGAUACCACCCUUUCCCAAAUUCAUCAAACCCUAAACUUGAUGGUUUCUGAUGGCGUGAGUCCUGAUAAAGUUACUGUUGAUUUAGCUGUCCGAUCACUUUGUUCCGCUGGUCGAAUGGACGAAGCUGUUGAAUUGAUCAAAGAGUUGUCUUCCAAGCAUUGCAGUCCUGAUAUUUACACUUUCAAUUUCCUUGUUAAGCAUCUCUGUAAGUGCCUAACAUUGAGCACUCUCUAUAGUUUCAUUAUUGAAAUGCGUAGCAAAUUUGGCGUCAAACCCGAUCUUGUUACUUUUACAAUUUUGAUCGAUAAUGUAUGUAAUGCCAAGAACUUGCGUGAGACUUUGAGUUUGAUGAGUGUUCUCGACGAGGAAGGCUUUAAGUUAGAUUGCUAUGCUUACAAUACAAUUAUGAAAGGUUAUUGUAAGAUGGGUAGAGGAAAUGAAGCAAUUGAGGUUUAUAAUAAAAUGAAGGAGGCCGGGGUGGAGCCCGAUCUUAUCACUUAUAACACUUUGAUUUAUGGGUUAUCAAAAUCCGGCCGGGUAAUGGAAGCUAAGAAGUUAUUGCGUGUUAUGGCCGAAAAGGGUCAUUUCCCUGAUGAGGUAACUUAUACCUCUCUGAUGAAUGGAUUGUGCAGGAAAGGGGAGAUCUUGUCUGCAAUUGCGUUGUUGGAAGAAAUGGAAGCGAUAGGGUGCAGUCCAAAUUCGUGCACAUAUAACACGCUGCUACAUGGGCUGUGCAAAUCUAGGUUGUUUGACAAGGCCAUGGAAUUGUAUGGUGAGAUGAAAUCGGGUUGUCUGAAGCUUGAAAUGGCUUCUUAUGCUACGUUUGUCAGGGCACUUUGUAGGGCUGGUAGAAUUGCGGAUGCUUAUGAAGUGUUUGAUUAUGCAGUCGAAAGCAAGAGUUUGACAGAUGUUGCUGCUUACUCAACAUUGGAGAGCACACUUAAAUGGUUCAAGAAAGCAAAAGAACAAGGACUCAAAAUUGGAGAGCACAUUUAAUUGGAGGUUUCUGUCAAUACUGGCAAGGAUGCAACUUGCGAGAGUUAGUUUCGAAGAUUACAGGCCUAACUCAAUACAAGGGCAUUUAAAAGCUGCUAAUACAAGCAAGAAUCAGUUUCAAAGAUUACAGGCCUAACUCAAUACAAGUGCAUUUAAAAGCUGCUAAUACAAUUUUUGUAGGUACUUGGUUGGUAGUAUACUUUUCCCAAUUUUUCUGUAAUAUUUUUUUUAGCGAGCCCUUAUAAGCAGCCUUUAUAUGGGGUAUGCAUAUAGAUAUGAAAUGAUGAACAUUGUUUGGAAUGAGAAUUUGAGAUAUCAAGAGGAAGUGAGAAUAUUGACUCUGUUUGUGCUUUUGUGUGUAUUUGUGCAUGAGUGAGAGAGAUUUUGUUUAAUAACACUAGCACAGGAGUAAUCCCCUUCUAUGUGAGAGAUUCUGUUUAAUAACACUAGUACAGGAGUAGUCCCGUCUAUUGCAAAGUACUACUAAUUUUUUCCAUUUAAAA